GGUUCGGGGUGGCGCAGGCGGCCGGGGCGGGGCGGAGCGCGAUGCCGUCUGCGCCGCGGCGGCGGCGGAAACAAUAGUGCGGAUCGUGGCGCGCGGAGCCGGACGGUAAAGAUCCUUCUCUGAGCCGCUCUGGUGCGCAGGACCGGUGCCGGGACAGACGGACGGACGGACAGACGAGACACAUCCCACGCCGUGCCGACUGCCCACAACCCUCGAGUGGCGCCCCUGGGACCCUCUGGUCCGUGGCUGCGGGGUCUCCGACGUGAGCCGACCUUUCCCGGGUGUCCCCGUCCCCACGUGCGUCUUGCCGCAGAGGAGCCGAGUAACCGAGUUAGCGGAACGCCUCCAGGCGCUCGCCCAGAAGUUGGCAAAGGCGCGUCCCAUCGGCUCCUUCUGGCCACCGGGACCGACCCGAAGUUGGUUGACAGACCCGGUGUCUGCCCGCGCGACCCGGGCGGCGGGGGCACUAUGAACGAAGAGGAGCAGUUUGUAAACAUUGACUUGACUGAUGACAACAUUUGCAGUGUUUGUAAACUGGGAACAGACAAAGACACACUCUCCUUCUGCCACAUUUGCUUUGAGCUAAAUCUCGAGGGAGUACCAAAGUCUAGUCUUUUACACACCAAAUCAUUGAGAGGCCAUAAAGACUGCUUUGAAAAAUACCAUUUAAUAGCAAACCAGGAUUGUUCUCGUUCCAAGCUAUCCAAAAGUACUUACGAAGGAGUUAAAACCAUCCUGAGUAAGAAGAUAAACUGGAUUGUGCAGUAUGCCCAAAAUAAAAAUCUGGAUUUGGAUUCCGAGUGUUCCAAAACUUCCCAGCAUCACCUGUUUAAUUUCAGGCAUAAGCCAGAGAAGAAAUUACUCCCACAGUUUGACUCUCAGGUGCCAAAGUACUCAGCAAAAGGGUUAACCGGCAACGCAGGCAGCAUCUCAAGCUAUACGCAAAGAAUCCUGGAGCACAGGGAGGAUACAGACUUUGGGCUUGGUAUAUUGGAAGAUGCAGAUGCAUUGUGGACUCACAGUCGCAACCAGGCACAGAAAACAGAAGAGACAAGUUCUGGUCCAAAGGGGGAUGUCCAGACCCAGAAUCCACGUUACAGCCGAGAAGAACUGAACUCGAUGACUCUCGGUGAAAUAGUACAACUGAGUACAAAGCUCCAACAGCAAAUCCAGGAAGUUUUUGAAGAGUUAACACACCAGGUGCAAGAAAAAGACUCUCUGUCGUCAGAGCUCCAUGUCCGUCACGUGGCCAUCGAGCAGCUCCUCAAGAACUGUUCCAAGUUACCAUGCCUCCAAGUGGGACGGACAGGAGCGAGGCCACACCUACCCAUGAACAACUGAACUGAACUGAACGCCGCUGGGCUCUGUCCUCUGUUGCUCUGCUAAGCCUGUGUACCUAGAAAACAUUGGAAAAAAGUUAUGCUCCAUUUUUAUGGUUGUUACACUUGGAAAACAUAAGAUAAUAUUCAUUAUCUUUAUCUAAUAAAGCAGAUCACUCUAGUCCAGGGUUAAUCAUUUGGCUUCAUUUGGGGACUUUUUCUUAUAAUUACUAAACGCCCCUCCCUUAAACAUACUGUUACAGUGUUUUUAUUGACCAAUUUUUAUUGUAACUCAGCAGUCAAAACAAUAGAAACCCAAUAAGGUCCUAUGUUAGGCUAAACUACUAGAGAUAAUUUUUAAGAGGGAAAUAGAAUUCAUAAUAUCACCUUAUUUAUGAGCACUAUUUUAAUAUAAAAUUUUAUAUAUAAGAUUGCUAUUUUGGGUAUUUUUUUUUCAUUGUCUUUAUAAGUCUGUAUUUGAAUGGCCAUGUGUAUUUGCACUUCGUCGUGUGAAUAUGUCCACCUCUGUGGAGAUCACUGCAUUUUGGCGAUACAGUGUUUUUAUAACUGUUGUCUUUCUUUCCAAAGAUAAAUGUGUUUGGAUAGUAUUUAGAGAAGCAGUCUACCUAGUUGAGGCGUUUUAACUACUAACAGCAUACGAAGUGGAAUUUACCGCUCUUUUUAAAGAAAGUAUAUAAGUAAAUAAAGCACAUUAUUGUUUUCUAACGAAAGCAAUGCUGAAUUAGUUUAGGAAGAAAAUACUAUUCUAGUUUUUAUGUGUCUUCAUAAAAGUAGAGGCUCCACCCUGCUCCUUAAUUCUCAUGACUUUCUUUGAUGUGUUAGUUUUGGACAAAGUAGGUCAACUAUCUUCAAACUGAACCCAUCCUCCUUUGGGGGGAAAAAUUAAAUUAUUAUGUGUGCUACUUCACAUGGAGUUCCAAUAAUCUGUUAACUGUCCAAAUUCUGCUAUCUACAUCACUGAAAUUCAUCCAAAAAAAAAUAAAAAUAAACUAAAAAAGAAAGAAGAAAAACCACUUUAAGGUAUUUUUCUAAGUUUUAAAAUCUAAAGGGUUAGAAGAUUACAGGACAAAAAAAAAACAUUCAAAUCAAGAAAAAGCAUAAUAUUAUAAGCUACUUUGGUUUCAGAUUCUUAACUAAUAAGUUAUUUCAAGAUAUUAGAUAUGUUUCCGUGACAAAAUAAAGGCUGUACUUCAUCCAAAAUUAAGAUGGUUGUCUUUAGCUGGUACUUAGGAUAUAUUUGUGUGGUUGAUAUUUUUUGCUUGCAGAAAUCUAAGGAAAGAAAGCCCAUUGACUUGCCAGCCUCAUACGUAAAGAUGGUUUCUGCCUUGAAGUUAGCAGUCUGUAUCUGGGCAAGGGUCAGACUUUAAUAUUGAACAUAAAUAAUAUUUGACUAAGCAAACAACUGCCUCACUGUAGAAAAAGCACCUUUUCCUAAUGCUAGGAUGUACUCAACUGUCCUGGCUGAAUAUGCAUUAGUCAAUGUCCCAUUGGUUUUGCUUUGUCCUGAAGAAAACUUACCUUUGAAGCUUCUUGGAAGGAGUUUUUGAAAAAGAAAAAAAAAAAAAAUAAUACUUUUUAGUUUCUCUCAGUUCUUCGAGUCAUCCAAAAUGAAUUUAAAAUCCGGAGAGCGGAGGUGAAUGCAUUGCCUUAGUUUUGAUAAGCUGUAAACUGAAUGUGUGCAAUAUGGAAGGUUCCACAUUCACAAGCUGAGUGAAGACGUGUCCUGAUUAUGCCAGUAAGUGGUUCAGUGCUUGGUUGUUAUGGUUACAGUACAGUUUGACUGUACUCCUGCCCAGCAUAACUCAUUAAGCAUGGCAGCGGCCGGUGUAUUGCACACCCUUGGGCUUCUGUCUGGAUGAUGGAAAGGCAGUGGGGGCAGACAUAAGAGUGUGAGAGAGUCAGCACUUGGUAUGUGCAGUACUCAGUGUGUUCCUAUCACAGGAGACCUACGGUGCAGUCCUAAACGCAACCAGUGUUACCCAAAGAAAAUGUGUGCUUAUCUCUUUAAGGAGUUCUCUGGCAAAUGCUUAGUUUGCUAGUGAGCUGGGGUUGAUUGGGAUUCCUCCCAUGUACUCUAAGGUGUUAACUGGGACCUCUGAUUCAUUUCUUUUAGGUAUUUCAUGGGAAAAACCAAAGGAAUGGUGCUCCUAAGUCUCUAUCCCUGGUGCUGGUAGUAACACUCGUACUCAUUCACGUGGGUCUUGCUGGAGUAUACUACUUUGUAUAAUUUAACUACCAGUUACUUGUUUGGAUUUUGUUGUUGUUGUUGGCAGUGGUGGUGGUGGUGGUUGCUUGCUUGCUUGCUUGUUUUAACACAGGGCCUUGCUACAUAGCUUUUGCUAGCCUAGAAGUGUCUUUGUAGACCAGGUUGGCCUGGAAUUCGUAGCAAUUCUCCUGCCUCAGGAGGAGAUCUAGUGGCGUGAUUCUGGUGCAUAUCCUACUCCUAGUUUGUUGUGCGCUCUUGAUUUGAAUAUGCAAUUAUUGUAUAUGCAAAAAUAAGGAUGGGAACAGAGUUGAGGUCCAAUUUAAGGAAAUAGGAACGUUCACAAGUACUGGUUUUUCUAUUUGGUUCUUUCUAAAACAGUUGUGUGUUUUGAGAAAGUUCAGAAGAAACUUCACACAUGACUUCAUUUUUUAAAAACAACAGAAGAUGUACUGCUCGAGAGCCCAUCCGUCUCUGAGCUGCUAUGAGGAGCAAAGUGAAAUUUUGUCAUACUGGAUUUCAUAGUUAAACACAAGCAUAUUUUUUAAAUCAGAAGUCAGAUGUGAUUUUUUUUAACAUGAUUUUUUUUUUUUUAAGAUUAGUGUUUUUAUGUGCCUAGCAUAUAUCAGGCCCUGGGUUAUUAAUUCCUGUCACCUUAGUAAAUAUACAAAGGUUUUGCUUCUACUUUUGGUUCUAUUAUGUUGUCCAGGCUGAGCUUAGAGGUGAUCUUAGCACUUCAGCCUUCUGAAUGGGGGGUGGGGAGGAUGGCGGAGGAUUGACUCCACUGCCAUGCCUGGCUUAAAUUUUCAUAUUGUCCAUCCUCGUAGCAUUUCUCUGGAGAUUAUCACCUUAUUCUCUUAUUAAUUUUUAAGUUUGUUAUUUGGAACAGGCAUUCACUUGACACACCGUGCUGAUGAUGUAAACAGUCCAUUUGCAUUUCCUGUGCAAUUUUUCCAUGUGAUAUUGGAGUAAAGGGAAUCCCAUGCGUUUCCAAGUGCCAUGUUUGUUUCACCCUAGAGUGCCCAUUUUUAUAAACAUUUAAUGAUAUUUAUAAGCAUUAAAUGAUUAUUUCUCAACAUGUGUGCAGGCUGGCAAGUGAUUUCGGGAACAUGAUUGAAGCAGAUUCCGUUGCCAUCUUGAUAAGUAGCUUGUGAUUUCAUGGGCUCUUGCUAUAUUCUAUGUACCAUUGAAAAAUGGCUUUUACCAUUUUGUUUGUAUAUAUAGAACCUACCUUUGUGUUUAUUCUGUUGAAGACUGUCAGGUUUGUUUUCUUUUUCAAAGUCAUCCUUUUGAUGUGCAUGUAUUAAUGUGUACCAGUUGGGGUUUUAUUUUGUUUCUUUUUUUCACGAGAAAUCUGUUUGUUAGUAUGGAGUGGGCAUGCUCCAAACUCAAGUAGGAAUUUUAAAGAUCUUGCUGGCUUUGUAAAGGGUUCAGAUGUGUGACCAUGCAAAAUAGUUACGUGGACAUGAACUACUUUAAUGGUGGCGUAUGCCAUUCCUUUCUUCAUGAUUUGUUUGCAUUGUUUGGAGGAGUUGUUUGUUUGCUUGUUUUACUUUUUGCAAGUUCAUUUACUGAGGAAUGUUACUAUUGUUCACACUACACCAAGAUGUGUGGCUCUUUUAAAACUUUGUAUGUAUAAAAAUUUUAUAUGCCCACUAUUAAGAUAUGACCCUAAAGCAGAGACUUGAUUUGAUUUGGGUCUGAUUCCAGUUUUACCUUGAACAGAAUUUUUUUUUUCUGAGAAAAUUUGAUUUAAAAAAAAAAUCACUAAAGGACAGAGUCCUAAAUAAAAUACCCUUGCAAAGUUAAGCUUUGUGGUUCGUAAGAGCUUAUCUGCUGAAGUAACCCGACUCCGUGGGGAAGGGAAGGUCAUGCUAGUCUAAGAAGAGUAUGACCUUUGCCCUUGAUUUCCCUAAUUUCAUUUGAUGCCCCUGCUGAUAUCAGCCUUUGCCUGAGCAACCCCAGGCCACACCCACCUUGACGGGAACCCAUCACUUGGGUGGCGAACGAUAAGAUUUUUAACAUUUAAUUUGUAAAUGUUUUCGCUGAUAUUUUUAGUUUAAAGCAGGCUCCGUUAUAAUUAUUCAGCAAUUCCCCCCCCCCCCACACACACACACACACAUUCUAAGUUUACCGAGUGAAGCAAAAUGUCCUGGAGAUGGACCUGUCUAAAGCCGCCUGUGCUGCCAAAUAUAGCUUGGCUGUUUGGUUUGGUUUGGUUUUCUUUUUCUUUUUCCCACUCUACUGCCUCCAGAAGAGGUGGCUUUAAAAAAGUGUUAAGUAGUGGCGUGUGUGUGUGUGUGUGUGUGUGUGACAGAGAGAGACAGAGAAAUGUUGCUUUAAACCUUGCUGCAUCUGCAGCAGCCCUUGAACUUUAAUCUGUGCUGUUGGAAACUUCUUUUCAACAAUUAUGCUGCCAUUUAGAAAGCGAAAAUGAAACUGCUGCGGUCAAAGCUAAGUUUGUCUCCAAAAAAAAAAAAGUUUCCUUUGGUCAUAGUCUGGGUUAUAUGCAAUUUAUAUAUUUGUAUUCUUCUUUGAAAUUGUAACUAGAUAAGCCUGUCUACGAUUUUUAACUUUACAAGAAUAAAACAAGUAUUUUGGUAGCUA